CCCGCCCCCUGACGCUUGUUGCCAUAGUAACGGGACUCCGGCCGCAGACCGAGAGUUUGUCUGCUUUAAUCCGGAUAAAAACCGCGUUGUUGCGGGUUUAAACAUGAGCUAACUGCGGGAGAGAGAUGGAGAGACUGCGGUACUUCACUCCCAAUGAGGUGGCUGCUCACAACACUGCGGCCGACCUGUGGGUGUCCUUCCUGGGCAAAGUGUGCGACCUGACCCCGCUGAUAGAGCAGCACUCCGGCGACGCGCUGCUGUUACCCAUCCUGGAGUGUGCAGGGAAAGACAUCAGCUGCUGGUUCGACCCUGAAACUGAAGACGUGCUGAAGUAUGUGGAUCCGCUGACUAACUGCGUGAGGUACUACACCCCCAGGGGGCGCUUCGUGCACGUUCCCCCCGCCGGCCCUCGCUCCGACUGGGACAGCGACAUCGGCCGGCCCUGGUGGAGGGACGAGCGGUUCCAGGUGGGACUGCUGUCCGCCAAAACCAGGUGGAUACGAGUCAUCAACACGCUGACGUCACAGGAGCAGCAACUGCAGGUGUGUUCGGAGGAGACUCUGGCGGAGAUCCUCCAGCGUUACCUGGACUACAACUCCCACGCCUGCAGUUACACCUGGAAACACGGCGGAGCGACUCUGGACAUGAGCAGGACGCUCGCAGAGAACGACGUCCUGGACGACGACCUCAAGCUCCAGCAGCUGCGACUGGACCGAGACCUCUUCACCCCCGCCAUCCUCCUCCACUACAACGACGACCUCACCGAGGGCUGACCUCUGACCUCUGACCUCAACAGAGAUUAGAGAUCAGUUUGUCCACAUUCAAUAAAAAAAUACCUUUUAAAA